UAUUAAUUUCUUCAUCCAAUUCCCAUUCCAUUUUGUGUGUUUUUAGUGUUUUCUGAUUUUCGGGUUUCCUUUUGCUUCAAUCAAGGGAGGUAGCAGCAUUUGAAAUAUCUCAGCUGAUCAGCCAUCAAUCAAUCCAAGCAGUACAUAUAUGGCAACAAAAGCUAAAGAUAGCACUACUUCAGGGAAGGAGCUGAAGAAGAGCACAUCAUCUUUAAACUCCCUCACAAACCACACCAAAAGAGUCACCAAGUCUUCAUCCUCUGCAGGCACUGAGAAAGCAACCUCUUCAACCUCUUCAACCUCAACAACAAAGCAAGUCCCAAACUAUCUGAGGCCUACUUUGAGUGCCUCAAGACAUGAAAAUUCUUCCAAGUCAUCAUUAGCUGGGAGCAAGAAACAUGGCUCUGAAGACUCUGCAUCAUCUCAAAAGCCUACACUGAGUAGAAGAAGAUCUUUUGACAAGCCACCAUCACCGUCAAGACUACGCAAGUCACUGAUAUCACCAGGAAGGGACGCAUCGCUACGAUCUUCAUCGUUUACAGCGAAAAGCUCCAAUGUCCCAAAACCCAGUAUAGAUAGGUCUAAUUCGAAGACGGCUAGAGCCGGAAAGCCACAGCUUUUGUAUGCAAAGAGUGUGAAGAAGAGCAGUACAAGUGGUUCAGCCAAGAAGGAAAGUACAGUUUCAACAAGACCUCCAAAGAGUGAGGACAUAACACAAACACUCGAUCUUGAAGCCGAUCUAGAGGCUAUAGAGUCUUUGGAUCAUCAAGAGGUUGAAGAGGUAGGUAUGAUUGAGAGUGAGGAACAUGAAAAGGUGGUUCUUCCAGACCCAAAAGUUGAAGAGAAGGAGCAAGUUGAUGAUCAUGGUGCUGCUGUAGAAGCUGAAGCUAAUGGCGGCGAGGAUGAGAAGCUCAAGCCUAGUGACAGUUCUACUGUUAAUGCAGAGGAAUUGCAGGAAACUGUGGAGGAAAGAAAUGAAGAAAGUGGAAAUGCAUUGGUCCAAGAAGAGAAGCCUGCAGAUAAUGAACAACAUCAAGGGGAAGAUAAUCAGAACAAAUUAUAUGAAAGCAGUGAGGCUCAACCAGAAGAGGGUUUGGCAAGUGAGGAAACAACAGUUGAGGUGAAAGAAGAUAAAGGAAAAGAGAUAAGUGAUGAAGAAGAUGGUGUUGCAGUGGAGGAAAGCAAGAAUGUUGAGGACAUGGCCUUGGAUGAGAAGGAAGGGAUUGCAUUGAAGGAAGGGGAAGAAAAAGCUGAUGGGGAAAUUGACGAAGCAAAGCCUGCAGAGGCUGCUGAGGCAGCUGAGGCAGCUGAGGGAGCAGAGGAAACAGCGAAGCCAAGCCAAACAAGCGAGGGAUCACAAGGAGGGAAAAAGGACUCUGCUCCUGCAUACAAUGAUGUGAUUGAGGAGACUGCAAGCAAGUUGCUGGAGAAAAGGAAGAACAAGGUGAAAGCAUUGGUUGGGGCAUUUGAGACUGUGAUAGAUUAUGAAUCAGGAUCCAAAUGAACCCAUUUACAAUAUGAUUGUAAAAUCUGUACUCUCUGUAUAUUGACUAAUGUGGAGGAUUAAAAGAUUAAAAGAAAGAAAAAAAUUGAAUUGGAGAGAAAUGCUGACAAAUCUUUCUAUUA